AGGUGCGGUAAGUGCGGCGUCUGACGCGCGCACGCUGACAGCGGGACGGACACCGCUCAGGAGAUGCCCACAAAAUGCUGCGUCCACGAGCCGUGACAACCCGCUGGAUGUGAAGAGAAGACGGAACCAGAACCAGCACCGGGCUUUUUUUCUGCUGCAGAGAGAGAGCGAGAGAGAUCCGGCUCGUGCGCUCCGGCUGCGCAUGAAUCCGCGCCUUUGCGCUGCUGCAGGUUCUGGACCGAACGAGUGAGAGAGGGCGACCCGGCCCGUGAGCGCACCUCGUCCGCCUCUCUGCGCCUGUCCGUGCACCCCCACCCCCACACACACCCUCGGCGGGUGGCGCCUGCUUCAGGAUGGCCUUAACGAUCUGCACGCGAUUCACCGACGAGUAUCAGCUGUUCGAGGAGCUGGGGAAGGGAGCAUUCUCUGUGGUCAGGAGGUGUGUGAAGAUCUCCUCUGGACAGGAGUAUGCUGCCAAAAUCAUCAACACCAAGAAGCUUUCUGCAAGAGAUCAUCAAAAACUGGAGAGAGAGGCGAGGAUCUGUCGUCUAUUAAAGCACCCCAACAUCGUAAGACUCCAUGACAGCAUAUCAGAGGAAGGUUUCCACUACUUGGUGUUUGAUCUGGUGACGGGAGGAGAGCUGUUUGAGGACAUCGUAGCCAGGGAGUACUACAGCGAGGCUGAUGCCAGCCACUGCAUACAGCAGAUCCUGGAGAGUGUCCAUCACUGCCAUGUCAACGGCAUUGUUCACAGAGACUUGAAGCCUGAGAACCUUCUAUUGGCCAGUAAGCUGAAGGGGGCGGCGGUCAAGUUGGCUGACUUUGGGCUAGCUAUCGAGGUACAGGGGGACCAACAGGCAUGGUUUGGUUUUGCCGGCACCCCAGGCUACUUGUCUCCAGAAGUUCUGAGGAAAGAUCCUUAUGGGAAACCAGUGGAUAUGUGGGCCUGUGGUGUGAUUUUGUACAUCCUCCUGGUGGGCUACCCUCCCUUCUGGGAUGAGGAUCAGCACCGACUUUACCAACAAAUCAAGGCUGGAGCUUACGACUUUCCGUCCCCGGAGUGGGACACAGUAACUCCAGAGGCCAAAGAUCUGAUUAACAAGAUGCUAACCAUCAACCCCAGUAAACGCAUCACGGCGGCCGAAGCUCUCAAACACCCCUGGAUCUGCCAACGCUCCACUGUCGCUUCCAUGAUGCACCGGCAGGAGACUGUGGAGUGCCUGAAGAAGUUUAAUGCCAGGAGGAAGCUCAAGGGAGCAAUACUGACCACUUUGCUGGUCACAAGAAACUUCUCAGCAGCCAAAAGUUUGCUCAACAAGAAGCCAGACGGUGUUAAGGUCAACAACAAAGCCAACACAGUGACCAGUCCUAAAGACACUGGCCCUGCCUCUGCACUGGAACCACAGACCACAGUGAUCCACAACCCUGUAGAUGGAAACAAGGAGUCCAUUGAAAGUGCCAACACCACCAUUGAGGAUGAAGAUGUAAAAGCCUGCACCAAUAACAAUAAAGCUCGCAAACAAGAAAUUAUUAAGGUCACCGAGCAGCUGAUCGAGUCCAUAAACAAUGGAGAUUUUGAAGCUUAUGCGAAAAUUUGUGAUCCUGGUUUGACUUCCUUUGAGCCUGAGGCCCUGGGAAAUCUGGUGGAAGGACAUGAUUUUCACCGCUUUUACUUUGAGAAUGCUCUGUCUAAAGGGAAUAAGCCGGUGCACACCAUCCUCUUGAACCCACAUGUGCAUCUUAUUGGUGAAAACGCAGCAUGCAUCGCCUACAUCCGGCUGACCCAGUACAUGGAUAGCAGUGGUAUGCCACGCACCAUGCAGUCUGAGGAGACCCGUGUGUGGCACCGCCGGGAUGGGAAAUGGCAGAACAUCCACUUCCAUCGCUCAGGCGCACCCACCAUCCCCUCCCAUUGAUGGAUUAUUGUGUGGGAAAUAAUGAAUCCUAUCAGCAGAUCUAGUGGAGCAGUCAACUAGCCAACUCUCUGACUGCUCCUUCGACCUUUGACCCUUCUGUAAAAGGACAUGAUGUUGCACAGGACACAAGCAUUAUUACAUUUUAUUGUUAUGGCAUUUUACAAACGAACAAUGCUCGAAACCACCACCGAGUGGAAGCACACCGUAUUUGGACUCUAUGAAACAAGCAUAUUAAGAACUUUUUUGUGUUGGUUUGUUUGUUUUUUAAAAUGUUUUGGUAUGCAUUUUAAAUAUAAAACAGAUAUGUUUAAAAAUCUACUACUGUAAUCUCUUCCUCCCCCCUUUAAAAAAAGUUCUGUAUUUUUAAUGUGUAUUUUUGUGCGUGCAACUUGAAAACAUACGGAAGAUCAGAUUAUCAAUAAUGGAGCUUGCUUUAGUUCUGGUGAUGCAUAUACAUGUACAUUGUGAUUGUUGAUAACAAUUAAACAAACACUGAAACCGCUAUUUUUUCUUAAUUGAGGAGUUUAUGUAAAAUCCAAUUUACGAGCUAAAUUUCU